CCUACGCGAAAGCAGAACGGAUUUUACUCCCACCGCUCGAUGACGUCGGAGGAUGUUGCGUUGACGUCAUCCCGCCGCGCGGCUUCUACUAUAUUAUCGUCCCCACGUUCUCCUUUCCAUUUCCGUGUACUCAUUUUCUCCUCGAUUUCCUGCCUGUCGAUUGGCAAAAGGGGAAGGGAAGAAGGAUGCAGGAAGCGAUCCCGUACCUGUCGGCGCGGCCGCGCUUCCCCCCUCCGGGGAUCGAAGCCGCCGACGAACGCCCCCUGUCGGCGCCGGGUGGGCUUUCGACUUCGCCGGCGGAUUCCUCGUCCUCCUCCUCCGCGUCGCUCUCCGGCGGCGAUGGCGAAGGCGCGGGGGGGAUGAGGCGGCUGGUGGCGGAGAAUCCGGCGGUGGUGCUGGCGCGGAGGGGCUGCUGCAUGGGACACGUGGCGAGGAGGCUGCUGCUGGGGCUGGGGGUCAAUCCGGCGGUGUGCGAGGUCGGGGAGGAGGCGGCGGCAGAGGCGGCGGCGCUGGCGGAAGGCGCGGCGGAAAUCGAAGUCGCUGGAGGGGAUCUCAGGCGGCCUCUGAUUCUCCCGGUGGUGUUCGUGGGGGGAAAGCUUCUCGGCGGGCUCGAUCGCCUUCUCGCCGUCCACAUCACCGGCGAGCUCGUGCCGAUCCUGAAGCAAGCCGGCGCCCUCUGGCUCUGAUGACCGUUUUGCCCUUUUUCCCCCAUGUACUUGCAUCACUACCGUAAAUCUGCCUCGUGAUUUGUAAAUUUUGGAGGCGAGAUGCGUUUCCGACCAUUCGAUCUAAUCGUAAUGUAAGGAAUUGGCCUUUGUCAUUUUACAAAAAUAAUAUUAAAAAAUCGGAAAUUAAUUAA